UUAUGCGCUUUGUUUACUGUUACGUUCCCAUGCUGCCUCAUACAGUCGUGUCUGGAGAGGAUAACUAAAAUUCAGAAGACAACUGAAACAUAAGAUAACAACAAGAACAAGAACCCGUAAGGUCAUAAGGGGAAAGGAGAUGGAGCAAAAUAACAAAGAGUCCAUGGAGAUGACUACAGAGGCGGGGGAGCAAAACACAGUGCCCAGCCAACCCAGCGUAGCCCCCAGUGACAAUGCCUCCUCCAACACAAGUCAAUCUCAGGCCUCUACUAGUGAGAUGUCUGCCACAAACGAUCGCUUAUCGGCGGCCAGUGAACCUCCUAGCCAAGGUGCUUCCUCCCACCCAGCCUCCAGCUCAGACCACCCACCAACGGGCGCCUCCCCAAAGCAGCAGGCUGGGGAUAGCAAAGGAAAAGAGCCGGUGUGCUUGCUGAUUCUGGGGAUGGCUGGCUCUGGCAAGACUUCGUUGCUGCGGCGCCUGGAUUCUCACCUAAAUGUGCGGCGGCGCCACUACUCCAUCAACCUUGAUCCUGCAGUGGACAGUGUCCCUUAUGUUAGUUACAUUGAUAUUCGGGACACUGUUAAUUAUAAGGAGGUGAUGAAGCAGUAUGGUUUGGGUCCUAAUGGAGGCAUAGUGACCUCCCUGAAUCUCUUCUCCACCAUGUUUGACGAGGUGAUGCGGCUGCUGGCUGGCAGAGCAGACAAUCUUGACUAUGUGCUCUUUGACACACCAGGUCAGAUUGAAGUCUUUAAUUGGUCUGCAUCAGGACCCAUUAUUGCUGGAGCAUUGGCAGCCACCUAUCCUACAGUCAUUGUGUAUGUGCUAGACAUUGUACGCUCCACCAAACCCCAGACUUUUAUGUCCAACAUGCUUUAUGCCUGCUCCAUCCUCUACAAGUACAAGUUGCCUUUUAUCAUUGCCAUGAACAAAAUUGAUGUUGUGGAUUGCAAGUAUGCAUUAGAGUGGAUGCAGGACUUUGAAGUGUUUCAGGAGGCACUUGCAGCUGAAUCAUCUUAUGCCUCCAACUUGACACGGUCACUCUCCUUGGCACUAGAGGAGUUCUACAGCUGCAUUAAGGCUUGUGGUGUCUCAGCAUACACAGGGGAGGGCAUAGACGACUUCAUGAAACUGGUGGAUGAAGCAGCCAAGGACUAUGAUGAGUACCGGGCUGAGUAUGAAGCUCUACAGGGCAAGAAGAAAAAGGAGGAGGAACAGCGACAAAAGGCUAACUUGGGAAAAAUUAGUAAGGACUUGGAGAAGGAAGGUCUGUGCUCUGUAAGGAAGGCCAUCAGGGAAGACACAGAAAUCUACUUACGUCAAGGCUCUGACAGUGAGGAGGAACAUGAUGAAAUGUUAGAUGAAGAUGAUGCUGAAGAAAAGAAGGAACUGGAAUCUUUCAAAGAUUUCUUGACCAACCAGAAGAUUAAGAGAGAACAACAGAGACAUGCUACUCUUCCAUCUUGAGACAUGAAGGCCACCAUUCUCUCUCUCUCUCUCUCUCUCUCUCUCUCUCUCUCUCUCUCUCUCUCUCUCUCUCUCUCUCUCUCUCUCUCUCUCUCUCUCUCUCUCUCUCUCUCUCUCUCUCUCUCUCUCUCUCUCUCUCUCUCUCUCUCUCUCUUCAAUUAAGGAGCAAUAGUUCAGUGUGUUGCAUUCUUCCUGUUUCACCAGUUUACUGAGCUCCAUCUCUGCAUCCAGGGAAAAUGAGCAUUACAGGAGUGAUUGCUGCAUCAUUGCUGCUGUUACAAAUACCUGACAAGUUUUUUCAUGUAAAAUGUAUUGUAUUCUGUUAUGUGAUAAUUUGAAUAAAAGCAGAAAGUUAAUUUAUUCUUCUUAGCAUUGUGGUAGAGUUGAUUUAAGCACACAAUUCACAAAAUAUAUAGCAUAAAAUAAUUAGAAGACAUAAUCUGCAACACUAUACAUUUGGAAUUUCUUUUUAUGUGCAACACAGACAUAUUUAGCAUUUUUUAUUAAUAUAGUGCACCACUGGUGCUCUCAGUGAAACUCAGAGAAUUUUGGUAUUUUGCCUUUAUAUUAAUGCAUUGAGUAUUUUCUUUUAUUUUGUAUAUAACUGUAUCUUAUGCUUUUCUUAAAGACUGAUCUAUAAAGUACUGUAUAUAUUUUUGUUAUCUACAUAAGCUGACCUUUCUCACAAGAGGGCUUGGAAUAAAAAUAUGCACAAAG